GUGAAGAACACAGAGAAAAUAAAAACUAUUUCAGGACAAGGAUGUUACGCUAUUACCAGCCACUCAAGAAGCGCACUGAGGGGAGCGCAAUUCUGUCGCCUGUGAAAUGUUCCUGUACAUUCUUGGACUGGUGGCUUUUUGGUUUGUGUUCCGCUGGUACAGGGAACUCGCAAGAGUACCCAAUAAAGGAGAGAAAUAUGUCUACAUCACUGGCUGUGACUCUGGGUUCGGGAACCUUCUGGCCAGACAUCUGGACAAGCUGGGCUUCUGUGUGAUCGCAGCCUGCUACACUGAGAAGGGGGAGGAUGAGCUGAAGAAGGUCUCUUCUGAACGAUUGAACACAGUCCACCUGGAUGUCAUCAGCACUGACAGUGUCAACAAAGCAACGGCAUUCAUCAAAACCUUGGUUGGGGAGAAGGGUCUGUGGGCUGUGGUGAACAAUGCUGGAGUCUCUGUACCAUCCGGUCCCUGUGACUGGAUGACCGUCGAUGACUACAAGUCCAUGUUGGAUGUUAACCUCAUUGGAGUCAUUGGUGUGACUCUGAGCGUUCUGCCCCUCAUCAAGAAGGCCAGGGGUAGGGUGGUGAAUGUGGCCAGCGUGUUUGGGAGGAUAAGCGCCUUUGGGGGUCCCUACUGUGUGUCAAAAUAUGGAGUGGAGGCUUUCAAUGACAGUCUACGGAUGAACAUGUCAGCGUUUGGAGUUAAAGUCCUGUGUCUUGAACCAGGCUUUUUCAAAACAAGUGUGACUGAUCUACAUCUCCUGAGAAAAAAUGUGAAGACAUUGUGGGACAAUCUGUCUGAAGAAAUCAAAGAUCAAUAUGGACAUGAUUACCCAGAGAGAGCAAAUGUGACAUUGGAGAAGAAUGUUGCAACGUUGCUGGAUGGGGACCUGAUGAAGGUUGUGAGUUGUAUGGAGCACGCCAUCUCUGCUGUCCACCCUCGGACACGCUACUCACCUGGCUGGGAUGCCAAGUUCUUAUGGUUGCCAAUGUCCUACCUCCCAACUUGGAUCGCUGACAAAAUGCUCUUAAAAGAUAUGGCCAAGCCAACAGGCGCUAUUCUUUAAUGUUAAUGGUUGUCUGACCGAAAGUAGGAAGAAGUCUUUAUUAACACCCACUGGAGAGCAAGAAAAAUUGCAUACUUUUUUAUCAUUGGAAAAAAUGUAUAGCAUGUGAAUGAAAAAUAAACAUUAAUUUGUUUUCAAAAUUAAA